AUGGCGCUCGACAACUACUUUCGGAACAAGAUAGAAAGCAUGAAGCUUGAAAUCAUUCAGGGGCAAGCUGUUCUGAGACGGCUCGAAGCACAGCGGAACGACUACAACUCCAGAGUAAGGCUGCUACGGGAAGAGCUUGGUCUUUUACAGCAACCGGGAUCAUAUGUUGGUGAGGUGGUCAAGGUUAUGGGCACUAAGAAAGUACUCGUGAAGGUGCAUCCAGAAGGAAAAUAUGUCGUUGAUGUUGCAGAUAAUGUCGAUAUUUCUAAGCUCACAGUGGGGAAGCGUGUAUCAUUGCUCUCAGACUCAUAUAAGCUUGAAAAGAUGCUUCCCUCGUCCGUUGACCCGCUAGUUUCUCUCAUGAUGGUCGAGAAAGUGCCCGACAGUACCUACGACAUGAUCGGUGGCCUCGACCAACAAAUCAAGGAAAUCAAAGAAGUCAUCGAGCUUGGACUUAAUCACCCAGAACUCUUCGAGUCGCUAGGUAUCGCACAGCCGAAAGGUGUCCUUUUAUAUGGACCACCCGGUACCGGUAAGACUCUGCUUGCACGAGCGGUGGCACAUCACGCGGACUGCAAAUUCAUUCGGGUGAGUGGAUCGGAGUUAGUGCAGAAGUAUAUCGGUGAAGGCAGCAGGAUGGUCCGGGAGCUGUUCAUUAUGGCCCGUGAACAUGCUCCCAGUAUCAUUUUCAUGGACGAAAUCGACAGUAUCGGCUCCAGUCGUGUGGAAGGCAGCAGCGGAGGAGACUCUGAGGUCCAGAGGACGAUGUUGGAACUCCUUAAUCAACUGGAUGGAUUUGAACCAACAAAGAACAUCAAAGUUAUCAUGGCUACCAAUCGUCUCGAUAUUCUCGAUCCCGCACUUCUUCGACCAGGGAGAAUUGACCGAAAGAUCGAGUUCCCACCACCCACUGUCGAAGCCCGCGCCGACAUCUUGCGCAUCCACUCACGAUCCAUGAAUCUUACCCGUGGCAUCAACCUCACCAAAAUCGCAGAGAAGAUGAAUGGCUGCUCAGGCGCAGAGCUCAAGGGUGUCUGCACAGAGGCAGGCAUGUAUGCACUGCGUGAGCGUCGUGUGCACGUGACGCAAGAAGAUUUCGACCUAGCGACGGCGAAAGUGCUGAACAAACACGACGACAAGGAAGUUAGUUUGCAGAAAUUCUUCAAGUAG